AUGACGGUGGUGACAAACACACAUACCGACCAUUUCCUUACCGUGGCAUGGACAGCAAAAGAUGGGUGGCUCGCUCCGCGCAUCUCCCCUUACGCAAAUCUCUCGCUUUCUCCUACCACGAACGUGCUACAGUACGCAUCAUCAUGUUUUGAGGGUAUGAAGUUAUACCGUGGUUACGAUGGGAAGCUUCGUUUAUUUCGCCCACUCGAGAACUGUCGUCGCUUGCUAGACAGUGCUACAAGAGUAUCUUUGCCUGCAUUCCAGCCAGAAGAGCUUUGUACGCUCAUCAAAAAGCUGUGUCAGAUAGAAGGCUCACGUUGGCUGCCGAAGGAUACCAGCAGAGGAUCAUGUCUCUACAUCAGGCCAACAAUCAUUGGUACCGACGCAGACUUGGGAUACCAUGUACCACAAGAGGCCUUACUAUAUGUGGUUAUUACAUACUGGCCAUCAGCAACCGCUGCAACGCCUCUUAAAUUGCUAGCCAAUACUCAACAGUGGGUCAGAGCAUGGCCGGGAGGAACAGGCGCGGCAAAGGCCGCAGCAAACUACGGGCCAGGACUACCGGCUCACGCCGAAGCAAAACGCAGAGGCUUCGAUCAAAUACUAUGGCUGUUCGGUCCGGAUGGAAUUGUGACAGAGGCUGGCUCAACCAACAUUUUUAUUGUUUGGAAAGCCCCAGCGGGCAAAGUAGAGCUCGUUACUCCUUCUCUAGAUGGCGGUUUGAUAUUGCCGGGGAUAACCAGACGGAGUGUCCUUGAACUCGCACGAGAAAGGUUCUCUCGACAGAGCGCCUGGGUUUUGGAUGGCAAGACCGUAGAGACACAGGAGUUGACUGUCAUUGAAAGAGAGAUCACCAUCUCAGAAAUCUUGAACGCUGCGAAGGAGGACAGGUUGAUGGGCCUGUUUGCGGUUGGCACUGCAUUUUUCGUUAAUCCUGUGUCUCAGAUUGAUACUGUAGAUCAUAGCAUUAACAUUGAUCCGAACGCUGUGCCACAUGCUGCUCUACUUCGCCAGUGGUUAUCCGACAUCAUGUACGGCGCUGAAGAGAGUGGAUGGACACAGAUUAUCGAUGAGAAAGAGGGUUAG